AUGCAGUCUCACUUUCAACCUUUUACGGCAAGAAUCUUUUUAGCAUCAAAGAAUCUCUUCUUGAGGGUAAUGGAGCAAUAUCAACAAACGGCCACUGGCACCACACGCCAUGCAUUGCAGCUGCCUGAAGAUGAUCCCGAUAACACGACUGUGAAUCUGAUCUUAGAAGACGAAGACGAUCCUGGUUAUUCUCUGAUGAUUGGAGAUCUGAUUAGGAGGGAGAGACACGCCGAUGUCUAUUCUGUGUAUGAUCCUGAAACUGGUGCUAAAGAGUCGAGAGCAGAGGCUCGCGCUUUUGUUAUCGAUAGAGUUUCAGGGAAACUGAAAAAGUAUCGAAAACGAUGCACGUACCGUCUAGGAGCCCGAACGUACUUUUCAGCGCCAUGUCGCGGAGCUAGAGUCAUAAUUUAUACGACCAACUCCCUUGAUGUUGCCACAGCCAAAGAAGGGACCCCUGGUUUGAGCGAGUUCUCCCAGAGGUUACCGAGUGGGUCUAAUGACAGCUCGACUCCUUCAGAAGGCCAACAAGACGAACGAGACCAAACCCAAAACACAGACUAUAAACGAGAGUCAAGACGAACGCGGCAGCUAGAAAGGCGACGAGCGAAGAGGCAUCAAGGACGUACAGAGAAGGAUUUGGAAGGGGUUCCAAGCUCUCAAUCUACGGAGCCCAUUGGAAAUGGAAAACCCAUGAACGAACCAGUUCUCUCGUCUCGGUAA